ACUGCUCGGUUUACAGCUUUGUCCUGGGGAAGGUGGGCAGGGACUCUGGGAUCAUGACUGUCCAAGUCCAACACCUGCACGGCUCCGUAGCACAGGGCACGUGGCUGCAUGGAUGUCACGGCAGCACCCAGCAGCUGCCACAGCAAGCAGGGACAAAGAUUCCCAUCGGAAUGUGCAGAUUUCUGCUCUGGGGUUCAGGAUGGGUGAAGGCAUCCAGGAAGGAAGUUUGUCUUCCUUUGUGCUGCUCAUUUAGUGAAAUACCAUGCAGCUGUGCAGCAGGGAGGGGAGGGAGGUGCAGCUGGUGGUGUCUGGGGUCAGGAUGGCUUGGUGGGGAGCUGGCUCGGUUGUUCCCCCAUCCUGCUUCCCUUUCCCUGCCUCCUCCGUGGGGUAAAUAACCCCAUCCCCUUCUUCUCACCCCGCAGCAGAGGCCGACAUGAGCACAUCCUUCCUGUGUUAGGGCUGCUCCUCACAGCGUCAGUGACCCCCAGCCCGGUGUCGAGGAUGCGUGCCUGGAAGGCAGUGGCCAGCACGCUGGCGCUCAGUGGGGCCGACGUGGUGGUCACCACGCUGCUCUACACCCAUGGCCAGGGCGGCCGGAACGUCCUGCAGGACCUGCGGCACUUCAACAUCUUCAACUCGCUGCUGGACAUCUGGGGGGGCUGCCUGUACCGCAGCUGUGUCCUGCUGGGGGCUGCCAUCGGCGUGGCCACCAACACGGCCUAUGGCCCCCGGCGCCUCAGGGCGUCGCGGACCUUCAUCGCCGUCAUCUGCCUCCUCAUGGGCAUCUACAUGAUGGUGAAGCUGCUGCUCUACUCAGAGGUGCGGAAGACCAUCAAGGACCCUUGGUUCUGGGGGCUCUUUGCCUGGACCUACGUGGCGCUGGCAGCCACCUUCGGGCUGUGGCAGCUGCUGGCCUGUGUCACCUCCUCCCGCGAGGCGCUGGGGCUCGGCUCCGAGUCCCGCGCUGAGGUGGAGGAGAGCUGUGAUGGCGGCACCCCAAGGGACAAAAGGGAGGAGGCAGCAGGUCCCACCAUCCAUAAACUGCUGUCCUACACCAAGCCAGAUGCCUUCUUCCUGGGCAUCGCCUCCUUCUUCCUCCUCGUGGCCGCCUUGGGAGAGACCUUCCUGCCCUACUACACGGGGCUGGCCAUCGACGGCAUCGUGGUGCAGAAGAGCAUGGAUCGCUUCUCCACGGCAGUGCUGGUCAUGUCGCUGCUCGCCAUAGGAAGCUCAUUUGCCGCAGGUAUCCGGGGCGGCGUUUUUACGCUCAUCUUUGCAAGACUGAACAUCCGCCUUCGCAACUGCCUCUUCAGGUCGCUGGUGUCUCAGGAGAUGAGUUUUUUUGAUGAGAACCGCACAGGGGACGUCAUCUCCCGCCUGACGUCGGACACGACCAUCGUGAGCGACCUGGUGUCCCAGAACAUCAACAUCUUCCUGCGCAACGUGGUGAAGGCCACGGGCGUCAUCUUCUUCAUGUUCAGCCUCUCCUGGAAGCUCUCCCUGGUCACCUUCAUGGGCUUCCCCAUCAUCAUGCUGGUGUCUGAUGUCUAUGGGAAGUACUACCAGAAACUCUCCAAGGAUGUGCAGAACGCUCUGGCCAAGGCCAACAACACGGCCGAGGAGACCAUCUCGGCCAUGAAGACUGUCCGCAGCUUCGCCAACGAGGAGACGGAGGCCAACGUGUACUGGCAGAAGCUGCAGCAGGUGUACAAGCUCAACAAGCGGGAGGCCAUGGCUUACACCUACUACGUCUGGUCCAGCGGGCUGACCCUGCUGGUGGUCCAGGUCAGCAUCCUUUACUAUGGUGGGCACCUCGUGAUCUCUGGGCAAAUGACAAGUGGGAACCUGAUAUCCUUCAUCAUUUACGAGUUUGUCUUGGGAGACUGCAUGGAGUCCAUCGGCUCUGUGUACAGCGGCCUCAUGCAGGGAGUGGGAGCUGCUGAGAAAGUCUUUGAGUUCAUCGACCGCAAGCCCACCAUGGUGCACGACGGCUCCCUGGCCCCGGAUCACGUGGAUGGGAAGGUGGAGUUCAGGAAUGUGUCCUUCUCCUACCGCACGCGCUCCGCAACGCAGGUUCUGCAGAACGUGUCCUUCACCCUGCACCCCGGCAAAGUGACAGCGCUGGUGGGUCCCUCGGGCAGUGGGAAGAGCUCCUGUGUCAACAUCCUGGAGAACUUCUACCCUCUGCAGGACGGGCAGGUGCUGCUGGAUGGGCGUCCCAUUAACAUGUACGAUCACAAGUACCUGCACUCCGUGAUCUCCCUGGUGAGCCAGGAGCCCGUGCUGUUCGCCCGCUCCAUUGCAGAUAACAUUUCCUAUGGCUUAACCUCAGCCUCCUUCGAGUCAGUGGUUCAGGCUGCCCAGAAGGCCAACGCCCACAACUUCAUCACCGAGCUACAGGACGGCUACCACACAGAGGCGGGUGAAAAAGGAGCUCAGCUCUCAGGUGGGCAGAAGCAGAGAGUGGCCAUCGCCAGGGCCUUGAUCCGGAGCCCUCCCAUCCUCAUCCUGGAUGAAGCCACGAGCGCGCUGGACGCAGAGAGCGAGCACGCGAUUCAGCAGGCGAUCUACGGCGACUUGCAGAACCACACGGUGCUUGUCAUAGCUCACAGGCUGAGCACUGUGGAGAGGGCACACAACAUCAUUGUGCUGGACAAGGGCCGCGUGGUGCAGCAGGGCUCGCACAAGGAGCUGAUGGAAGAAGGAGGCCUUUAUUCCAAGCUGGUGCAGAGACAGAUCCUGGGGCUGGAGGGGGGCGGCGCGGACCGGCCCGCUGCCCGGGGGGAUUCGGCGAAGGCGCCCGGCGGGCUGCAGGAGGAGUUCAGGAUAGACCAUUCCCUGCCGGCCGCGGCGCAGGACGAUUUCCCCAACGCCGCUCCCAAGUGAGGGCGGCCGCGGCCGGCGCUCGGACGCUCCCUGGGACGGAGGUGGCGGAACGGCGCCGCUGUUCUGGGCACCCUGACGUUGGCAUCCUCGCUGGAAGCUCACCUUGAGCACUUCUGUAUCUUGGUUAAUGACAUUACCAUGUCUCGAUCUCGGUCCUUACUCAGCAGGAACAAGCAUCAAUGGUCCGAGAUCCUGUGCAGUGCAUCUUCUGCUCCUGAGCCCUCGCCCCACAUCGCACACCCUGCACACCCAAACACACCACAGAGCUUCCUGCAGGUGCCUGGCAGCUGGAAAAACAGGGAUUCACUCGAGGGAGCUGGGUCUUUAGCAAUUCUCAGCAUUUCUACUGGGUUUCUUUUCUAACUCCCCUCGACUGGGACUUUUCUCCCAUCGAUCUGCAUGUGUAACUGCUAAUAACUGUAAUGGAUGUUAAAUGCAUGCGUGGAGGGGGAGGUUGAAAACCCCUCCAGGAAUUUCAGGGGGUGGCUUGUUGUGGCUGGAUAGAAAAAUGGUGACUGUAAAGCAAGGUCCUGCUCCCGCUGUCAGUCUGUGGGGCUGAUCCAAAGUUGGCUGAAGCCUGUAGGGAGUUCCCUUUGGCUUUGGUGAAAACUGGAUCACUCCCAUGGAGCUGAAUGCCGGGAGAGUUUUGCACUGAGUGCCUGCAGGCUCAGGCUCUCAACCAUUGCUGCUGAGCUUGUAUCACGUAGUAUCCAUCCUUGCUGGGACAAGCCAGGGGACCGGGAGGCAGAAGUUACUUUCUGAUUUGCUCUUGGUGCUUGGUGGGUGUUUGUUUUUAAGGAUGAAACGUUUUACCAUAACUGGGUUAGGUUUUGGGGCUUGGGGUUUUUUUGGUUUGAUUUGUUUGUAGUUUUUUAACGUUAUUUGUGUGCACUGUGCAAUGUCUGUCUGGCUCCAGCAUCCACUGAAAAUUGGUCUGUUACUUCAGAAUUUUUUUAAACUCACAACCCCGGUGCUGGUGUGAAAAUAAAACACUACUAAAGACAGGCAUAAAACACUAAAAGACAGCACUUUAUAAAUCCCACCAAAGCUUUGUUCAGCUUCAGGCCAUGCUAGCGACUUCACUGCAUGGGAAAUCCGUUCUGUCACGUUCCUUGAAGUCCAACUUCAGCUGCCUGAACUUUAUAAUGUGUUUCUUUGAAUAUAAUUUAUUUUAGUAUGAGGGACAGAAAGAAAUGUGUUGCUCCUAGCCCUUUGGGGUAAUGGCUCUGGCUUCGUAGUGUUAUCCUGCUAUAGAUUGGUGAAAAAUCCUAUGCAGCCAGGCAGGUGCUGUUUUAAAAAUAGCAUUUCUAGGGGAACACUGACUUCAGACUCUGCAUAGUUAAGAAAUUCUCUCAAGCACUUUAGCUCUCAUGUUUUCUGAUACUUGAAUGCUGCUGCAUUUUCCUUUCCAGCAGGUUUGCAUUUUUGUUAUUGGCAAUGUUUUGUUUUCAUUUAGUGAUGUUUUACAAACUCUAAAUUUAGUGUCCUUGAGGAGGGAUGCUCAAAAAAAAAAAAUAAAAUACUACCUCUGCCACUCAACGUC